AUGCAGCUGUCGGACCGUUUUGGUCUACCGAGGAAUGUAACUACACCAGAGGAUAUCCAGGUGUACCAGUCCACCUUUGAGCUUUGGAUGGGUAAUCUUCCUCCAAUCUACGAUUUCACCAAUCCCAACAAAAGAGAUGACGACUCCCAACCUUGGAUUAUCUUGCAUCACCACUAUCUGCAGACGGUAUCUUACUCCAUGGUACUUGGGCCCUUUAAAGGAUACUUAUCGAGGCCGAUGUCGAGAAGAUCGCCUUCCGCCGAUUUGAAAAUUCGAUGCAAUGGUAUCAACUAUUCACUCAAGUUGAUGGAGGCCCUUCGUGAAUUGUUUGGCUACAUUUACCCAAACGAUGCCAAUUUCUAUUUACUUUUGUUCAAUAUAUUCGACACCGCCGUUGUUCUUUGCUCGUCUAUUUCCAACGACCAAGAUGGCAGUAUUCCCAGACGCCCCGAGAUUCUACACGCGAUCGACGAAGCGCUGGCAAUGCUCAAACGCCUCCGCCGGGUCCACAGCAAAGCGAGGGCGGCAUAUGAACUUUUGGCUAAAAUUAUACAGAGGACUUGCCAGCCUAUGAAUUUGCCGGGAGAAACUUGGGCCUGUCCGCUAGAGACUGCGUUGCCAAUUGAGAGAGGUGGGCCGAUGUCAGCGCAGCACCCUAUCGACCCAUCGCAGCAUGUGGACGAUGCAACGUUUGCUAAUCACUUUGACUGCUGCCGCCGGGAUCGAAAGCCGACGCCCUCGUUCUUGACGACGGUAGGAUAA